ACCACCCCUCUCCCCCGCCUCGUGCCCCCAGCUAGCUGCCCUUCCUGCCCUACAUAUACCCAGGAGAUCCAACCAAAAAGAUCUCAAGCCCACAAUUCACAUCGCUCCUACCCAGCCACGCACGCGUGGAGAAGAGAAACAGCAAGCACCAUGGCCAAGAUCUCCUUCCUCUUCGUGGCGCUCCUCGUCCUCGCCGUCGCGUUCCCCGUGAAGGUGAUGGGAGGUGGCGGCGGCGGCAAGCUCAAGCCAUGGGAGUGCCCGUCCAAGUGCUCGUCGCGGUGCUCGGGGACGCAGUACAAGAAGGCGUGCCUGACCUACUGCAACAAGUGCUGCGCCACCUGCCUCUGCGUGCCGCCGGGCACCUACGGCAACAAGGGCGCCUGCCCCUGCUACAACAACUGGAAGACCAAGGAGGGAGGCCCCAAGUGCCCCUAGAUUCUUGAUUUUCUUUCUUCUUCUUCUGGGGUGCCAGCUUGCGGUUCAUGGUUAUUCACUACUCGGCCAUCAAGAUGUUACUAGAUCUGAAUUAUGUGACAGGCAUUUAGUGGCAUGUGAAUUGCCCUACCAAUUAUCCGUGUUUCUAUCAGUAGGACUAAGAUGUGGAAAAAUGGAGGCGCUCCCACAUGAUUAUAGUGGGACCUCUCGAGCUUUAUUGUUCCUUGUGCGCCUGUGCACCGUGCUUUCUUCUUGUCUCAAAAGUCAGAUGAAGCAUGAAGCGCCCGUACCAUUCGGCAUGAAUGAUGAGCUACCACAAUGAACAAAAGCAUGCAACGCCCGUUCAUUUUUCUUUC